AUGGAGGCAUUGCUGGGUGCUGCUGCCCCCUUCCUGCGUGCCCCCGAGGGGCCCCAUUCAGCCCCACCAGGUGACACUCGAGGGCUCUGCUUCGUGCCCCACCCCCAGCUUGAGUUUGUUCGAGCCCGCAUCACUGCCCGGGCAGGGAAUGGGGUCACCGUCACCACGGAGACAGGGGAGACCCUGACGGUGCCUGAAGCUGAUGUGCACCCCCAAAACCCCCCAAAAUUUGACCGCAUUGAGGACAUGGCCAUGAUGACCCACCUCCAUGAACCCGCUGUGCUGUACAACCUCAAAGAGCGUUAUGCAGCCUGGAUGAUCUAUACCUACUCGGGCCUCUUCUGUGUCACUGUCAACCCCUACAAGUGGCUGCCGGUGUACAACCCGGAGGUGGUGUUGGCCUACCGAGGCAAAAAGCGCCAGGAGGCCCCUCCACACAUCUUCUCCAUCUCUGACAACGCCUAUCAGUUCAUGCUGACUGAUCGUGAGAAUCAGUCCAUCCUCAUCACUGGAGAAUCCGGAGCGGGGAAGACUGUUAACACCAAGAGGGUUAUCCAAUACUUUGCCAGCAUUGCUGCCAUUGGUGACCGCAAAAAGGAGGUGGCAAAUAGCAGCAAGGGAACACUGGAGGAUCAAAUCAUCCAGGCCAACCCCGCCUUGGAGGCCUUUGGCAACGCCAAAACUGUCCGCAAUGACAACUCGUCGCGAUUUGGGAAGUUCAUCCGGAUCCACUUUGGGGCUACUGGGAAGUUGGCAUCAGCCGAUAUAGAGACCUACCUCCUGGAGAAGUCCCGAGUCAUCUUCCAGCUGAAGGCUGAAAGAAGCUACCACAUCUUUUAUCAGAUCAUGUCCAACAAGAAGCCAGAGCUUCUGGAGAUGCUGCUCAUCACCAACAACCCUUAUGACUACAGUUACGUCUCCCAAGGAGAGGUGACAGUGGCCUCCAUCGAUGACUCGGAAGAGCUGUUGGCAACUGAUAGUGCUUUCGAUGUCCUGGGCUUCACUGCUGAUGAAAAAACAGCCAUCUACAAGCUGACAGGGGCUGUCAUGCACUAUGGGAACUUGAAGUUCAAGCAGAAGCAACGAGAGGAGCAGGCAGAGCCAGAUGGCACAGAAGAUGCCGACAAGUCGGCUUACCUGAUGGGGCUAAACUCAGCUGACCUCCUCAAGGGGCUGUGCCAUCCCCGAGUGAAGGUGGGCAAUGAAUACGUCACCAAGGGACAGAGCGUCCAGCAGGUCUACUACUCCAUUGGUGCUCUGGCAAAAGCUGUCUAUGAGAAGAUGUUCUUGUGGAUGGUUGUUCGCAUCAACCAGCAGCUGGAUACCAAGCAGCCCCGGCAGUACUUCAUUGGUGUCCUGGACAUCGCUGGCUUUGAGAUCUUUGAUUUCAACAGCUUUGAGCAGCUGUGCAUCAACUUCACCAAUGAGAAACUGCAACAGUUCUUCAACCACCACAUGUUUGUGCUGGAACAGGAGGAGUACAAGAAGGAAGGCAUUGAAUGGGAGUUCAUUGACUUUGGGAUGGACCUGGCUGCCUGCAUUGAGCUCAUUGAGAAGCCCAUGGGCAUCUUCUCCAUCCUGGAAGAGGAGUGCAUGUUCCCCAAGGCAACUGACACCUCUUUCAAGAACAAGCUCUAUGACCAGCAUCUGGGCAAGUCCAGCAACUUCCAGAAGCCCAAGCCUGCCAAAGGCAAGGCUGAGGCCCACUUCUCCCUGGUGCACUACGCUGGCACAGUGGACUACAACAUCACUGGCUGGCUUGAGAAGAACAAGGACCCCCUGAAUGAAACUGUUGUGGGGCUGUACCAGAAGUCAGCCCUGAAGCUAUUGGCCAGUCUCUUCUCCAACUACGCUGGGGCAGAUGCUGGUGGUGACAGUGGAAAGGGGAAAGGAGCCAAGAAGAAAGGUUCCUCCUUCCAGACUGUCUCAGCCCUGCACCGUGAAAACCUCAACAAGCUGAUGGCCAACCUCAGGACAACCCAUCCCCACUUUGUCCGCUGCCUCAUCCCUAAUGAGAGGAAGGAGCCGGGUGUGAUGGACAACUCCCUGGUGCUGCACCAGCUGCGGUGUAACGGUGUCCUUGAAGGUAUCCGCAUCUGCCGCAAGGGUUUUCCCAAUCGCAUCCUCUAUGGGGACUUCCGCCAACGGUACCGCAUCCUGAACCCCACAGCCAUCCCUGAGGGACAGUUCAUUGAUAGCAAGAAAGCUUCUGAGAAGCUUCUUGGGUCAAUCGAUGUGGACCACACCCAGUACAAAUUUGGUCACACCAAGGUGUUCUUCAAGGCUGGGCUGCUGGGGCUGCUGGAGGAGAUGCGGGAUGAGCGCCUCUCCCUCAUCAUCACCCGCAUCCAAGCUCAAGCCCGAGGCCAGCUCAUGCGCAUUGAGUUCAAGAAGAUCCUGGAGCGCAGGGAUGCACUCUUGGUAAUCCAGUGGAACAUCCGUGCCUUCAUGAAUGUCAAGCACUGGCCCUGGAUGAAGCUGUUCUUCAAGAUCAAGCCUCUGCUGAAGAGUGCAGAGUCUGAGAAGGAGAUGCAGACGAUGAAGGAGGAAUUUGGGCAUCUGAAGGAAGCCUUGGAGAAGUCUGAGGCAAAGAGGAAGGAGCUGGAGGAGAAAAUGGUGUACAUGGUGCAGGAGAAAAAUGAUCUGCAGCUCCAAGUGCAGGCUGAGCAAGACAAUCUUGCUGAUGCCGAGGAGCGCUGUGAUCAGCUGAUCAAGAACAAGAUCCAGCUGGAGGCCAAAGUGAAGGAGAUGACUGAGAGGUUAGAGGAUGAAGAGGAGAUGAAUGCUGAGCUGACAGCCAAGAAGAGGAAACUGGAAGAUGAAUGUUCAGAGCUGAAGAAAGACAUAGAUGACCUGGAGUUAACAUUGGCCAAAGUUGAGAAGGAAAAGCAUGCCACUGAAAACAAGGUGAAAAACCUCACAGAGGAGAUGGCAGCCCUGGAUGAGACCAUUGCCAAGCUGACAAAAGAGAAGAAAGCCCUCCAAGAGGCCCAUCAGCAGACACUGGAUGACCUGCAGGCUGAAGAGGACAAAGUCAAUACUCUGACCAAAGCUAAAACCAAGCUGGAGCAGCAAGUGGAUGAUCUGGAGAGCUCACUGGAACAGGAGAAAAAGAUACGGAUGGACCUGGAACGAGCCAAGAGGAAGCUGGAAGGUGACUUGAAGCUAGCUCAGGAGAGUGUUAUGGACCUGGAGAAUGACAAGCAGCAGUUGGAGGAGAGGCUGAAAAAGAAAGACUUUGAACUCAACACGCUUAAUGCUCGAAUUGAGGAUGAGCAAGCGAUUGCUGCCCAGCUCCAGAAGAAACUGAAAGAGCUUCAGGCCCGCAUUGAGGAACUGGAGGAAGAAAUUGAGGCAGAGCGAACUUCUCGGGCAAAAGCAGAGAAGCACCGGGCUGACCUCUCCAGGGAGCUGGAGGAGAUCAGUGAGCGCCUGGAGGAAGCAGGAGGGGCUACAGCAGCUCAGAUCGAUAUGAACAAGAAGCGUGAGGCAGAAUUUCAGAAGAUGCGCCGUGACCUUGAAGAGGCCACGCUGCAGCACGAAGCCACGGCUGCCGCCCUGCGGAAGAAGCAUGCGGACAGCGUGGCAGAGCUGAGUGAACAGCUUGACAACAUGCAGCGUGUAAAACAGAAGCUGGAGAAGGAGAAGAGUGAGCUAAAGCUGGAGCUGGAUGAUGUCAGCUCCAACAUGGAGCAGCUCAUCAAGGCCAAGGCCAACCUGGAGAAGAUGUGCCGCUCCACAGAAGACCAGAUGAAUGAGCACCGCAACAAGCUGGAGGAGUCUCAGCGCACUGUCACUGACCUCAGCACACAGCGAGCCAAGCUCCAGACAGAGAACAGCGAGCUCUCGAGGCAGCUGGAGGAGAAGGAAGCUUUCAUCAACCAGCUAAUGCGAGGGAAACUUACCUACACUCAGCAGCUGGAGGACCUCAAGAGACAGCUGGAGGAGGAGGCCAAGGCCAAGAAUGCCCUGGCCCAUGCCUUGCAGUCUGCUCGCCAUGACUGUGACUUGCUCCGGGAGCAAUAUGAGGAGGAGCAGGAAGCCAAGGGGGAGCUGCAGCGUGCCCUGUCCAAGGCCAACAGCGAAGUGGCCCAGUGGAGAACCAAAUACGAGACAGAUGCUAUUCAGCGCACAGAGGAGCUGGAGGAGGCCAAGAAGAAGCUGGCCCAGCGCCUGCAGGAUGCCGAGGAACAUGUUGAAGCUGUGAACGCCAAAUGUGCUUCCCUGGAAAAGACAAAGCAGAGGCUGCAGAAUGAGGUGGAGGACCUGAUGAUUGAUGUGGAGAGAUCAAAUGCUGCCUGCGCAGCUCUGGACAAGAAGCAGAAGAACUUUGACAAGAUCCUGGCAGAGUGGAAGCAGAAGUAUGAGGAAACACAGGCUGAGCUGGAGGCCUCCCAGAAGGAGUCUCGGUCCCUCAGCACAGAGCUGUUUAAGAUGAAGAAUGCCUAUGAGGAGUCCCUGGACCACCUGGAAACCCUGAAGCGUGAGAACAAGAACCUCCAAGAGGAGAUCUCGGACCUCACAGAGCAACUGGGAGCCAGCCAAAAAUCCAUCCAUGAGCUGGAGAAGGUCCGGAAGCAACUGGAUGCCGAGAAGCUAGAGCUGCAAGCAGCACUGGAGGAGGCAGAGGCCUCCCUGGAACAUGAAGAGGGGAAGAUCCUGCGCCUCCAACUGGAGCUCAACCAAGUGAAGGCUGAGUAUGAGCGCAAGCUGGCGGAGAAGGAUGAGGAGAUGGAGCAAUCCAAGCGCAACCAUCUGCGGGUGGUGGACUCACUGCAGACUUCACUGGAUGCUGAGAUCAGGAGCAGGAAUGAAGCCCUGAGACUGAAGAAGAAGAUGGAGGGAGACCUGAAUGAAAUGGAGAUCCAGCUGAGCCAUGCCAACCGUACAGCAGCUGAAGCCCAGAAGCAAGUCAAGGCACUGCAGGGCUAUCUCAAGGACACCCAGAUACACUUGGAUGAUGCUCUCAGGACACAGGAGGACCUGAAGGAGCAGGUGGCCAUGGUGGAGCGCAGCAACCUGCUGCAGGCUGAGAUUGAGGAGCUGCGGGCAGCUCUGGAGCAGACGGAGCGCUCGAGGAAAGUGGCUGAGCAGGAGCUUCUGGACGCAAGUGAGCGUGUGCAGCUCCUCCACACCCAGAACACCAGCUUGAUCAACACGAAGAAAAAACUGGAAACAGACAUUGCCCAAAUUCAGAGUGAGAUGGAGGAUACCAUCCAGGAAGCCCGCAAUGCUGAAGAGAAGGCCAAGAAGGCCAUCACUGAUGCAGCCAUGAUGGCAGAAGAGCUGAAGAAGGAGCAGGACACCAGUGCCCACCUGGAGAGGAUGAAGAAGAACCUGGACCAGACGGUGAAGGACCUGCAGCACCGUCUGGAUGAGGCAGAGCAGCUGGCCCUGAAGGGAGGCAAGAAGCAAAUCCAGAAGCUGGAGGCUCGAGUGCGGGAGCUGGAGAAUGAGCUGGAGGCCGAGCAGAAGCACAAUGCUGAGAGCAUCAAGGGACUCCGCAAGUCAGAGCGGCGUGUCAAGGAGCUCAGCUACCAGACAGAGGAAGACCGGAAGAAUGUUCUCAGGCUCCAGGACCUGGUGGACAAGCUGCAGAUGAAGGUGAAAUCCUACAAGAGGCAAGCUGAGGAAGCGGACAAGCAGGCCAACUCCAACUUGGCCAAGUUCCCCAGGGCACAGCACAUGCUGGAUGAGGCAGAGGAACGUGCUGACACGGCUGAGUCCCAGGGUAACAAGCUGCAGGCACGGAGCCGUGACAUCAGCAUCAAGGUGGGUUCCUACCCCACAUCCCUGCCACAGCUUCACCCUGUAUCUGCCCCUCAUGUGCCUCAUCACCUCCCUCCAUCUCCUUUCCCAAUAGAAAGGACUCAGUGAGGAACGAAAGCUGCAGAUGCUCUGCCUUCCAGCCCCAACCUCUGAUCUCACAACCCCUUUGGAUCUCUCAACUCUCCUGCUUUCAGCCAAUAAGAAUUGUUGAGCGGCAGCAGCUGCAUUUGUGGGACAGGGCUUAGUGUGGGUGGUGCUGUGGGGUUGGUGUGGGAGCCACGGGAGAUGGAGGGUGGCCAAGAGUGUGAGUUGGCCACUCAGGCCAUCCCACAGUGCCGUGAACCUUGAUCCAUGGUGACUGAACAUCAUCGUAACUGGCUGUGGGGCACAGUUGGUUGCUACAGGGCAGUAUGUUCCCCUAUGCACUUCUAUGGGUCCCUGCAGGUACAUGUGUGAGUGUGUCAGUAUAGCUCCCAUAUGGGUCUGUAUUUGUUCCCUUUGGCUCCCCGUGGGUCUCUAUUGCUCCCUGUCGUUCUUAUGUGGCUCUAAGUUCUCCCUUCA